AUGCCAUCUCGCUUCUUGUCCCCGUACCUGGAAAGGCUGAAAUCCCUUCGACUGCUAUGCUUUCCUCACCCCCUCCGAACUCUCCGUCGUCUAUUCUGGCCAAUCCCCUGGAAGUUUCAGCCUCUCCCUCCAUUAAACCCACUAGAACUUCGCAGAAACCCAUCACUGUUCCAUCGGCGAUACUACGAGGAAGAAAUCUACAAACACCUACACUCCAUCCCUCUCUUCCAACUCCGCGACACACCACUCGCAUCGCUAUACCGCCUACACGACGCAGUCGCCAUCGACUCCGAAAACGAGGUCAUGAUGGAAGGCGAAUACUUCUGGCACCAAGCUCACUGGCGCGUCAAGGACAUUCCAGACCCUAAAGACCCACACCCCGUCCGCUACGCCAUCCUGGCUGGCAUCGUGGAGCAGAUGGUCCUUCGUUCAACGACAAGAUUGAGAUCGGCCUUAGAAGGGGAAUUAGACGCCAGACAGCGAAUUCCUACAACGCAAAUCGUCUCGCUGAAGAGAAACCUCUUGAAGAAGUUCCGCCUUGGGCGGCUGACGUCCCUCCCUUGA